AUGACAGGCCACAGUUACAGCAUCCACAGUGCUGUCUAUGCCAUGGCCCAUGCUUUACAUGCCAUGUCCACAUCCAGACUCAGACACAGAGUAAUUGCAUAUGGAGGGAGUGGGAAGAAUCCAAAUCAAGAGUUUUGGCAGCUCCAUCACUUUCUGAGAAAUAUCUCAUUUAACAAUACGGCAGGAGAUGUGGUCUUCAUCAACCAGAAUGGAGAGGCAGCAUCUAGCUUGGAUAUUAUGAAUUGGAUUAUAUUUGCUAACAAAAGUUUGCAGAGAGUGAGAGUUGGGAGGAUAGAUCCGCAGGCUCCACCAGACCAAUCAUUAUUCCUUGAUGAAGAUGCCAUCACAUGGCACAGUUGGUUUAACCAGACUCAGCCUCUUUCGGUCUGUACUGAGAGUUGUCUUCCAGGAUCCAGCAAGAAAGUGAAGGAGGGACAGCCCCCUUGCUGCUAUGAUUGCAUCCCAUGUGCAGAGGGGAAGAUUGCAAACCAGGAUGAUAUGAAUGACUGUAAUAAAUGCCCAGACAAAGAAUAUCCAAGCAAGAACCGGAAUGCAUGUCUACCCAAGGAUAUCAGCUUCUUGUCUUAUGAAGAACCUUUGGGAAUCAGUUUAGCUUGUUUCUCUCUUUCCCUUUCCUUGAUCACAGCUCUUGUACUAGGUACAUUUAUGAAACACCACGACACACCCAUUGUCAUUGCAAACAACCGGAACCUCACCUACGCUCUCCUCAUCUCUCUCCUGCUCUGCUUCCUUUGUGCAUUGCUCUUCAUUGGCCGACCAGAGAAGGUGACCUGCCUCCUCCGACAAACAGCUUUUGGCAUCAUCUUCUCAACCGCUGUUUCUUCUGUCCUGGCAAAAACUUUAACUGUGGUUUUGGCCUUCCUGGCUACAAAACCAGAAUCCAGGAUGAGGAAAUGGGUGGGGAAAGGACUAGGCCACUCCAUUCUCCUUUCCUGCUCCAUGGUUCAAGCAGGGAUAUGUACUGUGUGGCUGGCAACCUCUCCCCCAUACCCAGAUGUGGACAUGCACUCAGUGACAGAAGAAAUCAUACUAGAAUGUAAUGAAGGGUCUGUGACAAUGUUUUACUGUGUCCUCAUCUACAUGAGCUGCCUGGCAACUGUAAGUUUUGCUGUGGCUUUUCUCGCCAGGAAGUUACCAGACAGUUUCAACGAAGCCAAGUUCAUCACUUUCAGCAUGUUGGUCUUCUGCAGUGUUUGGCUGUCCUUUAUUCCUUCCUAUCUGAGCACCAAAGGAAAAUAUAUGGUCGCUGUGGAGAUCUUCACCAUCUUAACCUCCAGUGGUGGGUUGCUGAGCUGCAUCUUUGCCCCCAAAUGUUUCAUAAUCAUUCUGAGGCCAGAGCUGAACAAUAGGGAACAGCUAAUUAGGAAGAAAAAUUAA